UUCUUUGUGUCGUGCACAUCGCCAGCGUCGAGAGGUUGCUUGCAAGUUGUCGUGUUGGCGUCGUCGAUGUUUUUGGUUUUGGUUUUUUGUUCGCUACGCCGUCUUUUGAAGACCUGAAAAUUCGAAGUAUUUUCGCUUUCGUUGCGACGCGUCGGCUGAACGUCGCGUACGGUGUGUGUUGCAUUUUAGCCGUCGCCAAUUGGGCAUGCCAAUAAGGAGAUUUUGAAAAUCGCGAAAAAUUGGAAAAUUUCGUGUGAAAUAUGUGCGAAUUCGUAAUGUGAAUUUUGAGUUCGGAGAAUGGAAUUGCUGAUUCCGAAGUGAUUUGCGAUUUUUGUGAAUUAUUUUAAAUGAGUGUGCUGAGAUUUUGAAAGGAUUUGCUUGAGCAAAAAAGUGAAAAAUAAUUUUGAAAAUUGAAAGUGAUUUAUAGUUGAAAUAUUGACAUAAACAGGUGGAUUUGGAAAGAAAUGCAGUAAAAAUAUAAAAAAAUUAAUAAGAAAGAAAACGUUAUUCCUGAAUUAUUUGUAUAAAAAAUAUCAUAAAUGCAAAUACUCUACAGACAAAACAAAUAACUGAUAAAAAGUGAGUUUCCUAAAGGUGAAAGUAAAAAAAUUUUGGAAAACAGUUAAAAAUUCUUAAAGGAAGUGGAAAAAAACUAUGAACAAAAAUGUUUAAAGGAUUUGAUUAAGGAAAAUACCACUGAAUUAUCAAAUACCAAAAGCAAAUUCAGAAAAUUGUGAAACCGAAAAAUUAAAAAUAAUCACAAAAUUAUGAAAACAUUAUUGGAAAAAUUUUACCAAAUAAACAGCCAAUAAUGUAAUAAGUUCAAAUGUAAAAAUUUCCAUUAACAGUAAAAUUUUUGACAACUAAACUCAGAACACAAAGUUGAAAAAAAGAAAAAAUACUGAGAAUAAUAUACCGAAAAAAACAAUUUGUCCGAAGAAAACUCAAAAUUAAAACAACAACACAAAAUGUUUAUAAAAGCGCAACAAUUGUGUGGCGUUAAUAUAGUGCAAACAAACAAAUAAAUUUAAAAAUUUUCGAGAAAUACACAAAGCAUAACAAAUGCAUUAUAUGGCAUAUACAUAUGUAGCGAUAUACAUAUAAACAUAGAUUCGAAUAUAUAAAAAAGCUUUCGAAACAGUUUUGUAGGAAAUAUAAACAAAAAGUGCUAACAAUUAAACUAAUUUAUUAAACAUUUUGAUUUCUUAACACACAAUCAAGAGCUUUCAACAAGUGUAUAGUGUGCAUUCAAUACAAAACAUAUGGUUCAUAAAGUGACAACAAAAAAACAAAAGUAAAUUCUUGUUAACCCGUUGAAUUUGAGGCAAAUAAAAACAAUAAAAAAGUCAUAUUGGAAAAGCUGCUGCGGCAAGGUAACAAAUAAGCACAAGCGCAGCGAAAAAAUAUGCCAGCACGGCGAAUUAAGUGCAAGUGCGAAUUAACUGUGUAAAAAAAACUAAUUUACAAAUAAAAAUUUAGCCAAAAUUCUACAAAAAUUUUACAAAAUAUUUAAAUAAUUGUAAAAAAUCCACAAAAAUUAAAAAUAAAAUUUUUUUGUAAGAAAUCGCUAAAAAUUCAACAAAAUUUUUUUAAAACUUUGUAAAAAAUCUCUAAAAUAUUUUAAAAAAUUAUGUAAAUUUGUGCAUAACUCAAAAAGCUAGCGGAAAAGUGCAAUUCUAACUAUAAACGCGUCGUGUAAAUUAGUUCAAAGCCAGCAAAAUAUUAAAAAACACGGGAAAAAAAUUAAAAAUUUUAAAAAUUAAAAUUAAAUUUAAAAAAACUUAUUUAAACUAAAACAAAGUGUUUUGCAACAUUUUUAAUUGUGUUGCAAGUAAAUAUAAAUUUAAAAUUUACAAUUUAUAGAAAUUUUAAAUGUGUUGCAAGCAAAUAUAAAUUGUGAAAAAACUGUUACUGUGUUUUGAAACCAUAUUCAGCGUGUUGCAAGCAGCUGUGGAUGCAUUAAAGCAACAAUAAAUACAACAAAACAGCAGCAAACAAUUGCAACAACAAUAAAAAGUGUGGCAAGUGCAUUAGAAGUGUAAAUAAAUAAAUAAAAAAUUUUGAAAGUUACAAAAAUAACAAAAAAUUAAAUAACUACAAAAAUUAAAAUUUAUUGCAAAAACUUUAAAAACUAAAACAAAAAAAUUAAACUAAACCAUAAAUUUUAAGCAUAAAAGCGUGUAAAUUUACACAAAGCAAAGCAAAAUUAGCUGCGCGAAGCUUCAAAAAGCGGCGUUGGGAAUAGAUAUCGCUGCAAGAGCUACAGCUAGAGCGCUUCUAAAUAGAGGAAAAGGGUUCUAAAGCGACAUUUAUAGCCUAAAAAUUACAAAAAAUUUAUUUAGAAGGUCAGGAGAUUAACAAAACUAGCAUUGUAAGCUUGAGCAGAGGCAGUUCGCAGUGAAGUAAAAAGCUUUUUAUAUCAAAAAAGCUUUCUAACAAAGCGUGCGCUGGGAAGCAUAGUGAGGAAAGCUGUAAAUAACCAAAAUUUUAGAGAUUAAGCAAAUAAAAGUGGAUGCUAACUACAAAAUUGGACCCAAAGAGGAAGCGAACCGCGCUUAGUGAAAACGAGGCAACGUAGUGCUUGUGGUUUAAACAAAAAAAAAAAGACUUGAAGUGAAUUUUGGAUCGCUCCUCCGUUGUGUCCAGCUGCCGUUUUUAUAGGCGCCACUAAGACUCCAAAGUUAGUAGAACCAGCUUUCGGAUCGGCGUCGUACCGCUUGCUACGCACAUUUGCCGCAUUGCGUGUGACUGGCAAUUGCCAAGUAGACGCGCUUUUUGCAUCCCCGCUGUUGCUGGAAAGUGUAAUGUAAUGAGAUACGACGUUCAAGAGUUGCUUCAUCAGUCUGCUGAGGAUCCAUUCGCCAGGUUUGCAAAUGGGAUGGCAUAUCAUCCAUUUCUGCAACUCUCCCGACCCACUGACUUCAGCGUGUCGUCGCUGUUGACGGCGGGCACACAGGCACAACAGGCUAGUAACGCCGCCGCCGCCGCCGCCGCAGCAGCUGCCGCAGCCGCAACCGCAUCAGCAGCCGGUGAUUUGGGUGCAGGCGGCGGUAAUACCGUCUUGAGUGCGGCCACCUCACCCGCACAGCCGCACCAGCAAGCGCCACCAACUACACCCACAAGCGCGGCAGCGCUCUUGCAACAGCACCAACAGCAGCAACAGCAAUUGCAUUUGCAACAGCAACAGCAACAUCAUCAACAGCAAUUGCUUUGCGGCGCCGGUCAAGCAUCACCGGUGGGUGGCCAACAGCCGCCACUCUUAUCGCCUGGCAAUAAUAAUAAUAAUAAUACCAGCGGUAGCAUCGGCAGCAAAUCGGGCAGCAAUAAUAAUAAUAGCAACAGCAACCGCAAUACACCCACCACAACUAAUAAUAACAACAACAACAACGAUCCUCAAAGCAGCAACAAUAAUUUGUCGUCGCAGCAGCCACUAGCUCAUCCAGCCGCGUCACAUUUAUCAUCGCCGCAUUUGUCGCCGCAUCGUCAACCGCCACCGCCGCAUCCGCACGCACAUCCCGCACAACCGCCAGCGCCACAGCAUCCACAUCAUUCACCGGUGCCGGGUCAUCACGCUUUGGGGCCACACCUGCCGCAACAGGCUUACUUUCCUGCGGCCGCAUUAGCUGCGCUCGCUGGCAGUCCGGCUGGUCCACAUCCCGGUCUAUAUCCGGCCGGUCUGCGUUUCCCACACCAUCAUCCACACGCCCAUCACCCGUUGGGCACACCUUACACCACCGCCGAAGACGUGGUGCUCGCAUCAGCUGUGGCGCAUCAACUGCAUCCGGCGAUGAGACCGUUGCGUGCGCUACAACCCGAGGAUGACGGCGUGGUCGAUGAUCCGAAGGUGACGCUGGAGGGCAAGGACUUGUGGGAGAAGUUCCACAAGCUCGGCACGGAGAUGGUGAUCACUAAAAGUGGACGGCAAAUGUUUCCUCAAAUGAAAUUUCGUGUUUCGGGUCUGGACGCCAAGGCGAAAUAUAUUUUGCUCUUGGAUAUCGUAGCGGCGGACGAUUACCGUUACAAGUUUCACAACAGCCGCUGGAUGAUCGCCGGCAAAGCGGAUCCGGAAAUGCCAAAACGCAUGUACAUCCAUCCCGAUUCGCCGACCACCGGCGAACAGUGGAUGCAGAAGGUCGUCUCAUUUCACAAAUUAAAAUUGACCAACAAUAUUAGUGAUAAACAUGGAUUUGUAAGUACUACGAUACUCAAUUCAAUGCAUAAAUACCAGCCACGUUUCCACUUGGUGCGAGCCAAUGACAUACUCAAGCUGCCGUACUCAACAUUUCGAACGUAUGUUUUCAAGGAGACGGAAUUUAUAGCCGUUACAGCAUAUCAAAAUGAGAAGAUUACUCAAUUAAAAAUCGAUAACAAUCCCUUUGCGAAGGGCUUUCGUGAUACCGGCGCUGGCAAGCGGGAAAAGAAGCAAGCCCUCAUGUCGAAUCGCGGGUCCGAUUCGGACAAACUCAAUCCGACACAUGUCAGCAGUUCACGUGCGCCACUGCAUUUGGGACACACUGGUCGACCGCCGCAUCAUUUGCAUGCGCAUGCGGCGUUACACGACAAUCAGGCGGACGACGAGGACAAGCUAUUGGAUGUGGUCGGACCGCCGCAGAGCCCACUAUUGCCUUUGAGUCAUUCGUUGCAACAGAUGCAUGCGCAUCAGCAAUCCGCCCUUGCAGCCUGGUUCAAUCAUUUGGCCGGUGCCGGCGAUCAUGCGAACGAAGAAGCUCUACGGCGUCGCCUACAAUCGGACGAUGUCGAACGUGAUGGUAGUGAUUCCAGCUGUUCGGAGAGUGUGGGCGGCAGCACGGGUGGCGCAUUCCGGCCCACCUCCUCGGGCAGUCCGAAAGAGAGCGCCGCUGGUGGUUUAAAUGCCGCUGGCGCAUAUCCUUCGCCGAAUAUUUCGGUGGGCCCACCGAUACACCCGUCGCCGCAUCUGUUGCCUUACCUCUAUCCACAUGGCCUCUAUCCGCCACCGCAUCUGGGGCUGCUACACAAUCCGGCAGCUGCGGCCGCCGCCAUGAAUCCGGCCAGUCUCAAUCCGGGCUUGCUGUUCAAUGCACAAUUGGCGCUAGCCGCACAACAUCCCGCCUUAUUCGGACAUUACUCAGGACAUACGCCCGUCUCACCGUUGCAGGGACUCAAGGGUCAUCGUUUCUCGCCGUACAGCUUGCCCGGCAGUUUGGGUUCUGCCUUUGAUGCUGUUACGCCUGGUUCGAAUGCGAAUCGCGGCGGCCCAUCUGGCGCUGGUGAUGCCUCUACACUGGGACCCGGCAGCAGCGGUCCCGGUAGCAGUAUAGAAAAUGGACCGCGCAGUUUGAGCUCCAGUCCACGUCCACGUGCCUCAUCCAACUCGCCACCGACGCGUCCUAUUUCUAUGUCGCCAACGACGCCACCAUCACUGCUUAAGCGACAGAAUUCACCCUCAGAGUUGAAGAGUAUCGAGAAAAUGGUCAACGGACUGGAAGUGCAACACAAUGGUAGUGGCAGUAGCGCUAGCAUGGGUAUGGGUAUCGGUAUCGGUGCGCUGGUUAGUGGCGCUUUAGAGGAGCUGCAACGCAAGACACCAACACAAGUGGAUCAGUGACAUUUAUUUGAUCGAGACGAUAACGACCGUUCGUCCGUCAUCGAUCUCGACGAUGUGUGACCGCAAGAGCAGGUUUUCCUGUUGCUUUAGUGGGCUUACAAGGGAGCCUACGCGCAUAUAAACGCGUUGGCAAUGAAGCUAACAAAGUGGCAGUCAACAUAUUACACUGCGACUAAAAUAUGUCAAUUGCUUGUUAGGCUAAUGCUAGAGUGUAUUCUCAGUCUACCAUAAGCCUUUACCGCCAAUGCACAUUUACUUGUCUCGUAUGUAUAUAAUAAUAAGUACGUAUGUAUAUUUAGCUUAAGUAGUUUAACAAAUAAGCCUGCAAACGUUUAUCUAACUGUUUAAAGCUAUGUUCCACAUAUGAUUCACAUACAAAUGUUUACUGGAGAAGAGUAUUUUCGCGCGCAAAUGCGUCAGUUAAAAAAUUGGUUAAUUAAAGAAGCGGUUUUACAUCACAUGCUUGUUAGAAAAUUCCAAAAAUUGGCGAGUAACGGUUUAUUUUAAAUUUUGCUUGCAUGUCUUUGCUAUACUACAAGUGUUUUGUACAAAAUAGUUGUUUUUCAUGCCAUUUUGAGAAGAUCUUUUGUAUUCUGCGUGUUUACUGUUUACGUUCCACAUGCAAUCCGCACAAAUUUAUCACAUUUAUUAAGCGCAAAUGCAUCGCUUGUUACUCUGCAUUAACACCGGCAUUAAAUUGUUAUGUUCCACAUACACUCCACAUACGUUCCAAAAUUUUGUUUGUUAUUUUUUGACAGUUUUCACAAUUUUUAGCUGUUUAACUUUUUUUUUUUAUUUAACUGGCGCAUUUCCGUAUACCAGCAACAGUCUUUGCAAGUAUUUUAUAACACAUAGUUAUUUAUAUAGGUUUAGCGUUAUAUAACUAUAACAAAUUUUGAUUUUUGUUGACUUUUUCGUUUUAAAUUUAGUUAACUUUUUAAGUUUUCAAACCAAAGAGUUACUUUCAGUGUAAAAAAAUAUAAUUUUUUCUAACAAAACCUAUAAAUACUGCUAAAACUUAGUUAUUGCUACUUACAAACAUGCAUAAAAAUUUACUUAUGGUUAAUUUUGCUAAAAAAAAAUCUGUUAUAAUAUUUCUCUUAAUUGUUUCACACAUGCACUGUGAAAAAUAUUGAAAAACACUUCUCUUUAGCUGCAAAUGUAAGUGACUUGCCCCCCAAGACCCCAAAAAAAUGCCUAGUAGCUGUAGGAGAGGGCGUGGCGUUCAACAGUUCACGCUCAGAGUAUUAUAAUUUAACAUAAGACAUUGUAUAAAUGUGUAAUCUUUUCUGCAAAUAAUUUAAACAAAUUAAAAAAUAAAACUAAUAGGCGUAAAGGCUUGUAUUAUUUAGUUUAAAUUUUUUAAAUGAUAAUAAUUUGUUUUUGUAACAGUUCAAUAUGUUCCUCACUUACAAUGUAAUAAUGUUUUUAAAUGAUUAUUUUUUUAGUUAAAAAUGUUAAAUUAAGUUUUAAAAAAAUGUGAAGUAAACAAAAAAACUUUUUCAGCAGAAAAAAGCAACAAAUAAAUAAAAAAAAAAUACACUGUAAAACAAAAUGGGAAAGCAAUAUUAAUUAUAGUUAAUUAAUGCACUGAAAUAUUAAUUAAAAGUUACACAUUUGUUUGUUUUGCGCUGUUAAAAACUUCAGUGUACAAAAAAAAAAAAAUUAAAAAUUUAGUGUUGACAACCGAAAAAAAUUAAAAUAGUUUAAACUAAAAAAAAUUAUAAGAAAUCGCUUUCUACAAUGAACACACUGUAAUUAAAAAUAUAUAAAAAAUAACGCAGCAAUUCAGGAAAAAUGCUGAAUGUAAAAUAAAGAUUAAACAAAGAAAAAAUUAAAACAAUGCAUAAAACACAAUUUCUCAGUAAUAGCUUAAAUACAAGUAUGUGUAAUUAAUCAACCUUUAACCUAUAAAAAACUAAACCUAAAUGUAGCAUAUAUAAAAACACAUACAUAUAUAUAGUACACACAUACAUAUAUAUUUAUAAAUUCCUAUAAAAUUUAUAUAUGUAUAUUAAAAAAAAAAAAAUGAAUUAAUUAAUUAGUGUAAAAAUGCAUAAAGUCCCACUUAUGCUUUGAGUAAAUUAAGCAAGAUGCGACAAACAAAAACACAGUGAAAGAAAUUACAAAAAGCAAAAUAUGAAUGUAUAAAUAAAAAUAUUAAUAUAUACUAAUUUAAAUGCAUAUAAAUACAUA